AAUCUCGAAAGAUGGCGCUAGCGUAGAUAUUUUUCCGGAUAUUGUUAGCUGUGGGUUAAACGUGCCAGUGGCGGAUGUUAUUGAUUUGUUUUGGAUGGCGCGAAGUGAUGCAAAACAAUAAUGCUUAUCGCGAAUUAUCGUCACGGAACAUAAAUGAUAACCUAAGUAAUUAUGUCAAAAAGAGGACUAGCUAGCGGUAGGACAGAAUAUUUAGAAGUUGGCGAAUUUAACUAUUCAUGGCCUGGAGAAAAUGGAACACUUCAUGAUUUUGGUUCGGUGAAUUACACAAUGCCAUCAGGACCAUGGUACUGGCCUUGGUGUCCGUUAUGGAGGGUUCCACAGCACCCGCUAUUUCAGCUUUCCAAUAUGCUAUUCGUAGCAUCGUACUGCGCUCCGAGUACAAAAAAAGGGCAGCUUUGGAUGCACACAAUCUUGAUUUUCGCCUUCAUGCUCUACUCUAUCUGGGCCUGGCACGUCAUCUGUUCCCCCGACGCGUUCUCUUGGAACUUCGGCUUCGUGUUCCUGAAUCUGGCGCAGGUCGUGUAUCUCGUGUAUGAGAUGCGGCCGGUCAAGUUUGAUCCGGAGCUGGAGGAAGUUUAUCACACGCUGUUUGAGCCUUUUAAGGUAUCACGACUACAAUUCAAGCGAAUGGUAUCACCGGACUUUGCCCAUGUGAUGUCUCUCCAUGCGGGGGAGGCCUACGCUAUGCAGAACCUUACGAAGACCGACAGACUUGGCUUGUUAUUGGCUGGCAAGGUGAACGUGAUGAGCGGCCACCAGUUUCUCCAUCCGAUCCUUCCCUGCGAGUUUUUGGACUCGCCCGAGUUUGAGUCCAGUCGGGCUACUAUUGAUGAAAAAUUCAAGGUAUCCAUCGUAGCCGCAUCCUCCUGCCGCUACGUCUACUGGCAACGCAGCUCUCUAGAAUACCUCUUCGUUAAAGAGCCAUACCUGGCUUCCGUCAUAACAACGCUUAUAGCUCGGGACAUAACGACUAAGUUAUACGCGAUGAAUAAUAAAAUUGUGACGGAUAGGGGCUCCCAUUUGGAUAUACGGUUGCCGAGUAUAUCUCACGCCUUGGCAAAGAGUCCAAGGAGACUGAGAGCGGUCAACCGGCCGCCUCCGCCGACCACGGUGCAACCUGUACCACCGGAGAAACGACCAACCUGUUGGAUCCGCAACGACCGCGCCGACACCCGGCGCGACGGCUCCGAGUACUCCGGCGACGAAGAACUAAUGCCUCUAGCCGAGCACGAGGCCCCCGCGGCCUCAUCUGACGACCUGUCAGUCGCUGAAAGCUGUCCAGACACUUCCUCGAAGUACCAUAGCUGUGAAGCUGUGGAAACUGAUGACGAAUUGAGACACUAGUCUUCCCUUUCUCUCUCUUUCUUCCUAGCUAUCUAUCCCACAUGGUGGCGGGGUCAGCUUUCCUGCUUAACCUUCUCCACUUCGCCCUGUCCUCGACAUCAUACUCGGUCUAGUCUUCCCUUUCUGCAGUCAUUAAUUUAUCUGCUACUCUUACUGAUGCCUUUAGCGGAACACGACGCCCCGCGGCAUUAUCUAAUGACUUCUCUUCUGUCUAGACACUUCCUCGAAGUACUAUAGUUGUAAGGCUGUGGAAACUGAUGGUGAAUUAAGAUACUAUAUAGUCUUUCUUGACUGGUUUUAUUUUCUUGUAAAUCCUUCUUUAGUCAUUAAUUUCUCUAAUUAAAACCAAAAUAUUACUUUGCUAAUCCGCGUAAAAAGAUAACGCAACAACAACAAGUAACAAACAACGCAACGCAACGCAAGUAAGUAUAACGGGUUAGCACUGAUUGACUAGCACGUUAUCUUUUUACGCGGAUUAGCAAAGUAAUAUUUUGGUUUUAAUUAAUAUGGAUUUCCGCAAAGUAACGCCUGAUUCUAUUCACUAUUAAUUUCUCUGCUACUAUUAUACUGAUGUUUCUAGGGAAACAGUCAAGACUUUUCAGUUGAUGAUAGCUGUCCGGAAGCCCUUCCAAUUAUAACAGAAUGCACUAGUCUUCCUUUGAUUGUUCUUCCAAUUGUUAAUCUUACCUCUUCCUUUCUUUAGUAAUUUCUUUCUCUGUUACUGUACUGUUGAUUUAGACACUAGUCUUUCUUUGAUUUACCUACUUGUUUGAAUGUUGAGCCUGCCUUUUUGUAUUUUCUUUGGUCUUUUUGAGAGGCACCAUUCUUUUCAUUCAAUAUAUUGGACCCGGGUAUGUCCUUAAACUACGUCCAAGACCACCGGUGGACAGGCAGCAGCGUCCCUCAAAUUCGGUGUACUCGACUGCGAUCGCCAACCCGCCUGCCAAGCGUGGCGAUUAUGGCAUUCACCCCCCAUAACAAUGGGGAGGCCUAUGUUCAGCAGUGGACGUCUUAUGGCUGAGAUGAUGAUGAUGAUGAUUCAAUAUAUCACAGCCUAUAUCCAGGUAACACAGUUUUCUUCCAACUUCAUUGAUUACUUCCAUAUAAAUGUUCCAAACAUAAGCUUACAAUAACCAAGAACAACGUCUUGCAAGUUUUCCAAUUUUUAUUUGUUUCUAUUAAAAUAGUUUCGGACUAAGCUCUGCCGGAUGCGCGGAGUUACGAUGGCGCUACGCCAAAACUUAACGCAGUAAAUUCCUGAGUCUGAAUCCCUAGUUACCAAGCGUGGCCAAGCAUUCGCUUGACUAGAACCAUUUUAACGUGAUGCCCAAUGACUAGACUUGGAAAUGUUGCUGGAACGGUAUCCGACUAAUAUCAUAAAUGUCUUUCGAUCUGACAUGUUCUCAGAGGGACUAAUGAUAUUCGUUUCAGAUGUGAAUUAUUAAGCCUUUGAUGGAUGAACUCGAUUCAAUUUGAGUCUGCGCUAAAUAUGUACUUCAGUCUUUUGAGUCUUGAGAGGACUGCUUUCUUAUUUUUGGAGAUUCAAUACCUAUGUCUUGGUUUUGUUACAAUAAUCUUAAAUCUCUAGAAAAUACUCGAGUUUUUCCAUAAGUCUUUAACAAGUACAAAAUAAUUCAAGACAUAAUUACCGGUCUGACCAGCGAUCAACUGAGUUGAAUCCUAACCUAGAGAUCACACUGCACUCGUGGUACUGAGACAUAAGCUACUUAGUAUACAAUUGGAAUAACAUCUGUAUUGUCAUCAAAUGCCGAAACCAAGCUAGGUACGCUUGGUUUCGGCAUUUUAACUUGCUUGGACACAUUUAAUUAGAAUUCUUGCAGGUAAAGUUGGGGCAUUGGGUUUUCUUCGAGGAUAAACUACCUUAUCCUUUGCGCUGGUAAAAUAGGUACCAAAUGUAUAAUUGUAUUGGUACACCUUUCGUGCGCCCUAUUGUAGCGCCUUAUAUUUUCCUAGCUUAGGGACAUGUCACAUUAAGAGACAAGUUGAAAGCCUUAAAAAACUUAUUUUAAGUGUAAGAAAUGAA